GUGCUGUGCAGGUAGAAUGAAGUUCCCCUCGGCGAUAGACGGCCGUGUGUGACAUUACGGCUGGAUAAAGGGCGGUGUAAUGCUUCACACACUCAGAAAGGAAACAUGGCGUUUUGUUUUCUACGCGGUCUCCUUGUCGUCGCCCUGACAGCUGGGACAUUAGGAGACGAUGGACAGGUGACGUUUGUAUCGGAGCUCUCGUCCAAACCAGCUCAGAAGUUGUCCAAGUACGGUUGGUUUGGCAACGUGAGGCUGCAGAGGUUUCACAUACCAGAGGAAACUGCCGUCGCUCGCUGGCUGUUCUCUGUCACCAAGGGCCACAACUUCAACUGCGGGCAGCACAACGUCAGCAUCCAUAUUCGAUGGGGCGCCCCUCCAGUUAUAAACCCAGUAGGGUCAGCGUUUCCCAAUGCGACACUAUGGAGCCCCUGUCGCUCUCUGAUCCUACCGGUGACAUCCCACAGCUCCACAACCUUUAACCUCUCCAACCCUGCUCCCGGUGAAUGGUACGUGGCUGCCCACUUGCCUGAAGAUGAUGGGCGCAUAGAGCAGAAGGGCUUUCCGUCCUGCUCGUACUUCUUCCAGCCUCAGCUGUCAAUCAGGAGAGCAGUGGACACACCCAUUUUACAGCAGGGCAAAUUCCUCCAACAGACCGCAGACCCUGACAGACCCGCACGUCUUAAGUUGUAUGUUCCAGAGUUCGCCUCAUCUCUCUCUGUCUCCGUGGCGGACUGUUCGACAGGGGAGGGUGUAGACGGUGCAAACUGUUCUGUGGUCCUCAGGCUCGGCUCCGCCUCUCUGCAGCAUGGCCCAGUAACAGUGAACUGCUCAGGGAUCAGUUGCUCUGCAGCUCUUUCUAACCCACCUUGGCACACCUGGUUACGAGUCGUUGUGGAGAGCAGCCAAGACAACCGCACCGUUAGCUUUAGUAUCGUCUCAAACUACACAGUGGGAUGUAAGCCAAAAAGUGUUGGCCUCGCAGUAGAUGAUGACAUCAACAAGCUGCGUGGCAACAGCAGCUAUACCAACUCAUCAGCCGGCAACAGCUCCGUGGGUGAAGACGUGGUCGCCUUUGGCAACAAAUCGUCACUGUCACCACCGCUGUUGGCGUCGGCGUGUAUAUGGAGCAUCCCUGUGCUCUACGAGGAGGUGGACGUUCUGUCACUCCGGUUCAAUCCCGUCAACGGCCCCAACGUCAGCGUGACAAAUACACACCCCACGAUGCUCACAUACCCCCUGCACACACAAGCCACUGGUGGUACGCUCAACCUACAGCUCACACUCAACACUACUAAUGUAACCGUGGGCAACAGCAGCAGGGUGGUGGCCUGUCUCUCUCCCUGGGCUCCAGUCCUUGAACUCAACCACUCUCAACCCUGUCACACAGCUUUGUUUGGAGGAUAUGGCGUUGAGGUGAAUGUCAGUGUUCCUAAAGCUGUUGUCAGGCUGCCUUUCCCUCAGUCAACAACAUGGUACCUCACCCUGCAGCUCACAUGUAACAGCAGUGAAUGUGGUAAUACUUCAUUGGUGUCUGUGGUCCCAGACGUGUUCAUCAGUGCCUGUGUAGAGGACUGUGGGACAUACGGUGAAUGUAGACUACUGAGAUCCUACAGCUACCUGUAUGCUGCGUGCGUCUGCAAGGCUGGCUGGAGUGGUUGGGGCUGCACUGAUGACUCGACAGCUCAGUCGUACCGUCGCCAGUUGACAGCCACUCUGCUGCUCACGCUCAGUAACCUGUUCUUUCUGCCUGCCAUUGUGGUGGCCAUCAAACGCUACUACAUCACUGAGGCCUCCGUCUACCUCUUCACAAUGUUCUUCUCCACGUUCUACCAUGCAUGUGACCAGCCAGGUAUAGCCGUACUAUGCAUGAUGGACUACGAUACCCUACAAUACUGUGACUUCCUGGGGUCAGUCUGUUCCAUCUGGGUCACCAUCCUGUGCAUGGCUCGCAUCAGAGACACAUUCAAAUAUACUCUGUUUAUGCUCGGGGCUCUGCUGAUAGCCAUGUCAAUGCAGCUGGACCGCAAAGGUCUGUGGAACCUGUUGGGCCCCGUCCUCUGUGCCAUACUGUUCAUGGUCGCUUCCUGGGUAUACCGAGGGGUGCGGCGUCGACAUUGUUACCCGCCUUCUUGGAAACGCUGGGCCUUUUACCUGAUCCCCGGGGCGGUCUGCGCCCUGAUCGGUGUAUGCUUGUACAUUUUUGCCGAGACGGAAGACAACUACUACUACACGCACUCGCUGUGGCACAUCCUGGUGGCCAGCUGCGUGGUGUUCCUGCUGCCACCCAAGGAGAAGAACAGGGAGGCGUUGGGCUGGACCAGGGGCUGGAGCUGGAGCUGGAGCUGGAGACCCCGGGUUUGUGGGUACACACUCUGUCAGAGCAGCAAAGAAGAACUCUACACUGUCACAUAGUUGGACAAGAGAUGCUGUAGGGAAGCAGAGUGACUAGGCAUUGAUUGUUAAACAGCCUUACAGACGUUCACAUAAGGUAAAAAAAGACAUACACGAGCACAGGGUGUCUGCUGGUGUCCACAAAAUCUGACUCUUCAAAUGUUCUUAAUAUCAGGAAUAAGCAUUUUAAAAUCUAAUUGAGACCUAUAUUUUCAUAGGUCUACCAUUUCCAUGUUCACAUUUACAGAAGGGUUCAAACUUGUCUUAUAUUUGAAUAAAGAAAAUGAUCUCUAAAAGUUUUGAAUUAGCUUAAACAAUUAACUUGCAGACAUCCUGAAUUACACACACGCACACACACACACGCACACACACACAAACAGCUCAUUGAACCCAAAUCCAACCUGCUGAAACCUCCAGGGUGAUCCACUGCACCAGCUCAGGUGUGAACAUCAAAACCUUCAGGUAGCACACCACCUGACCUGUGACCUCAUAACCAGGAGUUUGUACAUAUUGUGUAUGUACAUAUUUUACCAAGCUAGAACAUUAAUGUUUGAAAUAUUUAUAAGGAAUGGCACUUUGUGGAUCUCUUUUAAAACUUUAUAUUCAGCCUAUCAUUGAGUCUGCUGAUACAGUAUAUUUAUAGUUGAUGUAAACACUCCUCAUUCUUGUGCCCUCUUGUAUUCUCCUUUUCCCCACAGGCCUGGGCAAAAUGUGCUUGAUUUUUAUCUGCCAGUUUUAAGAACAUUUAAAAUAGUUUGACACUAUAACUCAGUCCACUUUUUAGCUUUUGCUCUGGAACUUGCAGUCGUAUAACAUGGUCUUCGUCAGCAGAGGAAGAGUUUUUUUUUUUUAUCUACAGAAUUUUAUCAUUGCAGAACAUUAAAGAAAAUGUAAUUUAGAUAAAGACAUGUAAUAGAAAUCAUUUAAGACCAGUAAUCAGCUCUUUAUGUAUUCCCAUAGCUUUUUUUUUUUUGUAGAACACAUUCUCAGCCAGUAGCCAGCUGUAAUUCAGGGGCUUUUCAUCGAGUGUACAUGUGAACUAAAGUGUAGUAGUAUGGGAUACAGGGUGCCUCCUCAUUCCUUAACAAAAUCUUAAAAUCCUGUACAUGGCAGGAGGUUACGCCCAUGUACAGAUAUAUAUGCAGCUUGUAUUGAAACUGGGUGUCUGUGUCCUCUCUGUUCUUGUCAGUUUCCCACUAUAAAACCUUACCAGUUCCUAAUUUUAUUCUGAAGCACUUUUAUGAUUAAAUAACAGAUUCUACUAUGUAAUGUACAUAGCCCUUAUGUGUAUGAAUGGGCACUUUAUGAAUGUAUAUUCAGAUUACUGUGUCUAGUGCCUCCUCUUGUCUGUGUAUUUCUGUGAGUGAGUGUACUGUGUGAGUGUGUGAAAGUCGUAUACAGUUUAUAUGUUGUCUGUUUUUAAGCGUCCCAUACUGUGAUGAGUUUCUCAUUGUGAUUUUGCACAGUUCAAACCGAACUUUUUUGUCACAAUAGCCUUCAUUUCUUUGUCGAAAUAUUGUUUUUUCCUUAUGUGUGUGUGAGAGAGAGUGUGAAACGCUUUCUUUUGUUGUCACAUGUAAGUAGGAGUAUGAAAAAGCAUACUACCGCAACAACAUACUGUAGCUCUCAUUGCGUUUAAGGAUGAAGACAUAAAUCGUGCUUAACAUGAGACAUUUACUUCCUUGUACUGGACAGCUACUUUUCAAUCUGUUAAAAAAUCCAAACAGAAUUUAGUGUACCAAAAAUAAAAUCUGU